GGCAUCAGCAUUCUCUCGAAGAAGAACGAUGGCUUACCUCAGUUUCAAUGAGACUGUCAACGCAAACCUGAAGUUCACCUCCGACAACACCGAGGAGAACGAGGAGAUGCUCAAGAAGGACCUGCCGCUCCGAUACACAUGGUCUAUUUGGGAACAGAUCAUGCAGUCGAAUGACAAGAAUGCCCAGUACUCGGAUGCUACACACAAGGUGGCCGCCUUCUCAACGGUGCAGGGCUUCUGGAAGUUGUGGAACCACAUGCCGCAGCCCUCCGAGUUACUGGAGCAGAAGCGCAUGGUGCGGGAGCAGCCUGAUGGCCUCCACGUGAUCGAUGCUAUCAUGAUUUUCCGUGAGAACAUCCGCCCCGAGUGGGAGGACAAGAUGAACGCGAACGGAGGACACUUCCAGUUUCAGCUGAAGCCCAACGUGGGUGGUGGACAGGUGGAUGAGUACUGGAACAACCUCGUGCUUGGCAUGAUUGGAGCAACAAUCGAGCCAGCAAACAUGAUCACGGGAAUUCGAUUGGUGGACAAGCUCUCCGGCCCCCGUGCAGCCGGGGUGAUCCGUUUGGAGGUUUGGUUUGCCAACUACGAGGACACCAAUGCCGUCCAAGCCCUGAAGAAGAGUGUGGAAAAGUGUAUGGCCACACGCCUCGAUGGUACCCUUGGCACGGCUCCAAAAGGUGAGAUCAAGCCGCACCUGACAGGAAAGGCGCACUGA